AUGAGUAAUUAAGCGACUAAAGGAGUUAGCAUUGGUGCGGGAGACUCUGAUGAUGAUGAAUUUGGAAGAAUCCCUUCUGCUGCAGAUGUUCAGAAGACUAACACUGUUGAGAUUAUGCCGAACUAGUUUGGAUAUGAUGAUAGCGACGAGGAGGAAGAGACCAAAGAUAUGGGUACUGAUUAUGAUCCCCCGACAAGAACAUAUGGCAUUGAGGAGUAUACUAUGUCUGAUGCUACAAUGAAACUAUUUGAAAGAGAAUUAGGAUAAACUUCUUAACUCAGAUAAGAAUCUAAAGCCCCAGCUAAAAUGAUGCAAACAUUUUCUGGCUAAACAACUGAAACCACAACUGAGACUUUAACAGUUGGAGUAGAAGUAUAAAUCAAUACAAAUAAACAAGAAAAGGAAGAGAGAAAAGGGAGAAAGCAUAAGAAAGAUAAGAAAUGGCAUGAUAAGAAAGUUAAGAGAGAAGAUGAUUGGGCCACAGGAACCAAUAGGAAAAUUGAUCCUAAUUAUAUUCUUGAGAUUAAAUAAAACUAGGAAUUUGAGACAUACUAUAGAGAAGCUAACAUUCUGCCUGCUGAGGAAUUCGAUAAGUUUUAUCAAAUACUUAAAGAGCCACUAGACAUAUGCUUCAGAAUAAAUAGUGUUGACAAACACUUUGAGAAGACUUAGCAAGAGAUUGAAGAUUUAGUAUAGAAAAUGAAAGGUAUCGAUGAGCUUAAAGAUAAAUAUCCUAAAAAACUUCUCUGGUACCCAAAUAACUUAGCCUAUACAUUUAAUGAAUGCAGCAGAGGUGAAAUGAGAGCAAAUCCACUGCUUAAAAACUUCCAUCAAUUCUUGAUAUUGGAGACUGAGAUGGGAAGAAUAUUCAGAUAGGAGGCAGUUUCUAUGAUUCCAGUCACACUCCUUAAUAUUGAGCCUCAUCAUUCAGUUAUUGAUGUCUGUGCUGCUCCUGGCUCAAAGACUAUUCAAAUUCUAGAGCAAUUGCACUAGGCUCAUGAAAAGAUUCCAAAGGGAUUUGUUAUUGCUAAUGAUACUGAUUAAAAGAGAGCAUAUCUCCUAACUCAUUAAGCUAGAAGACUAAAUUCUUCAGCUUUGUUCAUCACUAACAAUGAUGCAAGAUUCUUACCUUACUUAAAGAUUGAUGAGCACAACAACAAUAUGAAAUUCGAUAGAAUAUUAUGUGAUGUUCCUUGCUCUGGUGAUGGUACUCUGAGAAAGAAUUUGGCACUUUGGAAAAAUUUCAACUCUCAUUUGGGUCAUUCUUGCCAUCCUCUUUAAUUGCACAUUCUUGAAAGAGCAUUUUAGCAUCUUAAGAAAGGAGGUAGAUUAGUCUACUCAACUUGCUCUUUCAAUCCUAUUGAGAAUGAAGCGGUAGUUGCAGCAGCUCUGUCUAGGCAUAUUAAAUAAAUGGAACUAGUGGAUGUAUCGAAAGAAGUCAGUCCUCACUUGAAAUACAGACCAGGGCUAGUUAACUGGAGAGUAUAUCAUAGAGGAAAGGGUAAAAGGGAAGGUCCUGCAUGGUAUGAAACUUAUGACAAAGUUCCUAACUACAAAAGAAAGGUUAUUAAAGAGACUAUGUUUACUGAUACCUACACAAUGUUCAAUAAUGAGACUGACAGGCCAGACGACAUGAAAAGUGAUCCAUUAAACCUGAGAAGAUGCUUAAGAUUAUUCCCUCAUGAUAAUAACUAGGGAGGAUUCUUUGUAGCAGUCUUCACUAAAGUACUUGAUGAGCACGAAGGUUUCAUUUAUGAUGACAUGUAUUAAAUGAAUGCUUGGGAUGACCCCAGAGUGAAACAAAAGCCAAUUUUGGAUGAUAUUAGAGAAUUUGCAGAAGAAUUUGAAAAGGAUCUCAAGAUUCAUGAGGAAAAGAAUAAUGUACCUCAAGAAUUAAGCUAAUAAAAUCAAAUACUCUCAAUAGUUAAGGAUGCUUAGGAUCAGUAGAAGCAAGCUAUGAAAGACUCGGGUAUUGUAUUUGGAAAAAUGUCAUAAAUUUAUGAUAACAAGGAGCAUCUAUUCCCAUUUGAAAAGCUUCUUGAGACAAAGCAGGAUCUGUGGGUUAAUUUGCAAUUGUUUUAUGGCAUUAAUGCUGAAUUCCCUUGUGAAAAUCUCUAUUUCCAGAAAGAUACCACAAAUUGCAUUGCGUUUGUGAGCGAGGGUCUAAGUUAACUGAUGAAAUGCUAAAGAAAGCAUAAAUUGAAAGUUGUGAAUUUAGGUGUAAAAUUAUUCAGCAAAAAUAGAGACAUAAAAUCACCAGGAAAGUAUCGUUUGUUAUAAGAAGGACUAGAACUACUUAUGCCGUAUAUGAAUGAUGAAAGAAAAAUUUAGGUUUCCAAACUAUUACUAGCUCAAUUCCUUGACAAGAUUAAUUUCACAUUUGAAGAGUUAAGAAAUAUGGGUCAUAGUCAAUUUGAGGGCAAGGAACCAGGAAGUGCUGUGAUUACCAGUGGAGAUUUAUAUGUCACCAUUUGGAUUGGUGUUAACAAUGUUUCACUAAUGAUUGGCAAAGAGGAAAUUAAGUCAUUCAAGUUCCUGCUCAUUAAUUAAUGA